GUGCGGUGUUCUGUGUUCAGUGUUGAGUGUUCAGUGUUCAGUGUGCGUUGCUCGGUGCUCGGUGUUUUAGUGGAGUAACGACCACAGCUGCAAACGGACGUGUCGCGACGUGUCGUAUCGCCAACUGAAUACUCAAUAAAUUCUCGACUCUGUUCCCAAGCGUCGCAAUCAAAACGAACAGUACAAAGUGGAAUUAAAAUUUCAAAUAUAUAAUAUAGAAAUAAAUACAAAUAAGUGAAACGAGCGUGAAAAAUGCGUUAGUGAAUUAAUGUGAAAUGCAUCGGGAGUGUUUACCUUGAAAACCGAAGAGUUCGAUGCGGUUUCCGAUGUAAGUGUAAGUGCAACCAAAGCGUCCUCGUGAAGCGCGCGUGUGUCUGUGACAAAUUCGGUGGCAUAAAAUAAAAUGUGAGCCCGAGCUGAAGAAGAUGAAAAUGCGUCUCAGUGCGUGGGCUUAAAGCAAGCGAAGAAAAGAAAAGCAAAAGCAAAAGCCGAGCGACGUUUCAACUCUAAAACUCUCUCUCUAAACUAUAACCUAUACCUAUACCUGCAGAUAUAUAUAUAUAUAUAAAUAUAUACUUAACUCUAUAUACAACUCAACUGUGCGUGUACUUCUAGUCAGCUAUCUCUCAGCACACACAAAACACAAACAUAGCGUAUUAAAGAGCUCCCCCCACAAAAUGCUGCCAAUAUUCGCCUAAACCAGCCGCAGUUCGAAAGCCCAAAUAAGCCCAAAAACCCCCCAGAAAAUAACUGUGAUCAUAGCCUAAACACGCAACAACAACAAGAAGAACAACAAACAACGACCAGCAACCAGCAUAAGCAACAACGCCAUAGAAAGACAUAAAGAGAAGCUGCUAAAGAACAAAUCAAAUUGAAAGCCAAAAGCGAACCACAAUUGAUGUCCGAUUGCUGAAUUUAUAGAUCUGCAGAUACUGAAAAUUGAAAUCAAUUGCACAGCAGCAGCAGCAGAAGGAGACUAGGACAAGUGCAAUUAAGAGAAGAACUGGGACAGAGCACGGGAACAGGAAAACGCUGGCAGGACGGUGGUGGAUGUAAUGACAACAAUUGACGCGAUGUAGCGCAGACUUAUGGUCGGCGAACGCGACAGGGACCGUGAGGCGGUACGCUGGGCAACGGGUGAAACAACACCGCUUCAAAACAAUAAUGGAGUGUUACAAAUGGUCGGGCAAUUGCAUGGUGGACAGGCUGCUGGCCAACAACAGCAACAGCAACAACAAAGUCAUCAACAACAACAGUCAAAGCAACAAAAACUUCAACAACAACAGGAGCUGUUCUAUCAGCAGCAGCAGCAGCAGCAGCAACACGAGGCAACUGCGCGUGGAUUGCAAUUUGCGAGCUCAACCGACGGCGGCGAUAAUCAGCCCUAUUACGAUACAAGCGGUAAUGUCGAUUGGGAGAGAGCGAUGGGAACCGGUGGAGCUAGUUCAUAUGGUUGCGUCGGCGGAGCUGUCACAACAGCUGGCGGCAUUGCUUAUAACAGCAAUGCAUCUAAUGCCAUCCUCAGCAAUCGCCACAUGGAUUAUGCUGAUGGCGGCAUCGUUGCUGGCACAUCCGCCACAGCAGCGGGAGCUGCUGCUGGCAUUGCAGGUCCUGGAGGUAUCCGGAUUGCUGGGACGACGUCAGCAACAGCUGCUGCAGGUGCAACAGGUGCAACAACAGCAACAGGUGGCAGUACCGGGGCCAUUGGCAAGGAAGUUCGUUACGCUCCAUUCCCAGUUACAUCACCAACGCAUUCAAAUCCCACAACUUCCCAGCAAAUUCUUGCACAGCAACAACUACAACAGCAACAACAGCAAAUGGCACUCGCUGGUGGUGCAGGUGGUGGUGGGGGAGCCGGCAGCGGCAUUGGUGGUGGCAGCAUUGGCGGCCCCACUGGCAGCCUCGGCGGCGGUGCAGGUGGUGUUGGAGUUGUGGGUGUUGGUGUCGGUGUCGGUGUCGUUAUGCUGCCGCCAGGUGGGGGCUCAAAUGCCGGCAUUAGCCACAGCAAUACAACCGGCGCAUUGCAGCGGACACAUUCCAGAUCCAUGUCCUCCAUACCGCCGCCGGAGCCGUUCAUGAUAGCGCAAUCGAAGCAAAUGAACAGCCGCGUCUCCAUCAAUGUUGGUGGCGUUAAACACGAGGUUCUGUGGCGCACCUUGGAGCGCCUGCCCCACACGCGGCUCGGCAGGCUGAGGGAGUGCACCACCCAUGAGGCCAUCAUUGAGCUGUGCGAUGAUUAUUCUCUCGUCGAUAACGAGUACUUCUUCGAUCGCCAUCCGAAGAGCUUUAGCUCCAUUCUAAAUUUCUAUCGCACCGGGAAACUGCACAUUGUGGAAGAGAUGUGCGUGCUUGCGUUUAGUGAUGAUCUGGAGUAUUGGGGCGUUGACGAACUCUACCUGGAGUCAUGUUGCCAGCACAAAUACCAUCAGCGAAAGGAGAAUGUUCACGAGGAGAUGCGCAAGGAGGCCGAAUCCCUGAGGCAGCGGGAUGAGGAGGAGUUCGGCGAAGGUAAAUGCGCUGAAUACCAAAAGUAUCUCUGGGAACUGCUCGAGAAGCCCAACACCAGUUUCGCGGCCCGGGUUAUCGCAGUGAUAUCCAUACUAUUCAUAGUCCUGUCUACCAUAGCCCUGACGUUGAACACCCUACCACAACUACAACACAUUGACAAUGGUACACCACAGGAUAAUCCGCAAUUGGCAAUGGUUGAGGCCGUGUGUAUCACGUGGUUUACCCUAGAGUACAUACUUAGGUUUAGCGCCUCACCGGACAAGUGGAAGUUCUUUAAGGGCGGCCUUAACAUAAUCGAUCUAUUGGCAAUACUCCCAUACUUUGUUUCGUUAUUUUUAUUGGAAACGAAUAAGAAUGCAACGGACCAGUUCCAGGAUGUGCGCCGGGUGGUGCAAGUAUUUCGCAUCAUGCGCAUCCUGCGAAUCCUUAAGCUGGCCCGUCACUCAACGGGCCUGCAGUCGUUAGGCUUUACGCUGCGUAACUCAUAUAAGGAACUCGGUCUACUAAUGCUGUUCCUGGCCAUGGGCGUUCUCAUAUUUUCUUCGCUGGCAUAUUUUGCCGAAAAGGAUGAAAAGGAUACAAAAUUCGUUUCAAUACCGGAAACAUUUUGGUGGGCGGGUAUUACAAUGACAACUGUUGGCUACGGGGACAUCUAUCCCACUACUGCACUGGGAAAGGUUAUUGGUACUGUGUGUUGCAUAUGCGGUGUUCUGGUAAUCGCUUUGCCUAUUCCCAUCAUCGUUAACAAUUUUGCUGAAUUUUAUAAGAAUCAGAUGCGACGCGAGAAGGCCCUCAAGCGACGCGAGGCGCUCGAUCGUGCCAAACGCGAGGGUAGCAUUGUCUCCUUCCAUCAUAUCAAUCUUAAAGAUGCGUUCGCCAAAUCAAUGGAUCUCAUCGAUGUGAUUGUCGACACAGGCAAGCAAACAAAUGUUGUGCAUCCGAAAGGUAAAAGACAAAGCACCCCCAAUAUAGGCAGGCAAACCCUUGACGUGCAAAGCGCUCCAGGACACAAUCUCUCCCAAACGGAUGGGGACGGCAACAGCACAGAAGGCGAAUCGACCAGCGGUCGCAAUCCGGCAACCACAGGCACCGGAUGCUACAAGAACUACGAGCACGUAGCCAACCUGCGUAACUCAAACAUGCACCACCGUCGCGGCUCUAGCUCUGAUCAGGAUGCAGUGCCUCCAUACAGCUUCGAUAAUCCGAAUGCCAGGCAGACCUCAAUGAUGGCCAUGGAGAGCUAUAAGCGUGAACAGCAGGCGCUGUUGCAGACGCAACAACAACAACAGCAACAGAAGCUACAGCCGUCGGGACAGUUGCCAGUUGGCGGAGUUGCCAAUAAUCUGGCCAUGGUGGCCGCAUCGAGUGCUGCAACGGCAGUGGCAACAUCCAGCGGUGCUGGCCAGGAGAACGAAGGAGGAGCGGGUGCAGCGGCGGGUUCAGGACAAGCGGAUGAUGCGAUGACCGUAGCAUCGAAUCAGAAGGGAUUGCCCAUACAGAUGAUGAUAACACCCGGGGAAGUGGCCGAGUUGCGUCGCCAAGUGGCGCUCGAGAACCUGCAGAACCAGCGAAUGGACAAUCUGGAGCAGGAUGUGCCGGUGGAAUUCGAAUGCUGCUUCUGUACAACAAAGGACUUAAAGGAGUACACCGAUGCGGAGGGCGUCAUCUCGCUUCCCACUUCCGACUUCCACAAGCCCAUUUGCCUGGAGAUGCGCAUGGCGGCGGCCAAUCGUCAGGUUGUCAACCAGUUUGGCCUUCUGCCACCGGAUGUCCCUGCACAGCAGCUGCAGCUGUCGGCAGCGGGAGAUCUGCCUGUCUAUACCAAUGCCAGCAGUCUGCCCAUCAUCUCACAGUCAUCGUCGACUUCGUCGUCAUAUGGCACAACCACAUCCACGACCAUUGCACUGCCACUGGAGGUCACUCAGCGCUAUGGAGCGCCAAUUGCGAGCAAUUUCAAUCACAACUACAACAACAAUUUCAACACGACGACUGUGGGAGCUGCAGGAGGAGGAGCGGGUGCAGCAGUAGCAGCUGGAGGAGCUGGAGGAGCUGGAGGAGGAACUGCCAAUGGCUUGCUACUUUUUGGCAAUGGCAACUAUGCUGGCAUCUGCAGCAUCAGCAACAACAACAACAACAACAAUGCGGAUCUGGCAAGUGUGGACAGCUCGGACACAUAUGCCAGCUGCCAGACGCAUCCGUUCCUCUCCCAGGGCGAUCUCACUGCCGACUUCAACGACGAGGCCUGCGCUUUGGACAUUGACAUGGACAAUCUGUACAUUAAUCCGCUGGAGAAAGAGUCCUGUCGUGGCACAAACAUUAGCAGCUCCACAGGAUUCAUUGUGGGUCUGCCGCCGACUGUUUCCGCCUCCGGUCUGUCCAUGCGAGCACAGGUGAAAAAGAGUGCCUCCGGCGAUACGGCACUGCGGAAUCUCGCUGCUGGCGGUCUCAGUCCGCUGGCCGAUGUCUAUCAGAACUUCGAUGUGCAGGAGCGGGGGAGUCGUGUCAGCCUGAACGAGAACUCAGUGCCAAAGCAUCGCAAGACGCGUUUCCAGCAGAGCUUCACGGCCAUGCGUCCCAGCUCGAGCAGCAGCAAGCCACGUGCCCGCUUCGAGGACACCAAGCUCUGCGAGGACAAUGUGCGACUGGAUGGCGCCGGAUCCGGUUCGGGAUCUGGGGCAUCAACAUCAACCAGCAGCGCUGCCGCUAGCGUUGGCGGCAGCAAGAAGAAGCGCUCGGCCUUUAUGCCGGGCAAGAGCAUAGCCACUGCCACCAAACUGAUCAAUCAGCGUUUGUUCGGCAUACAAAAUGCAGGCGCCAAAGCCAAAUUUGAAAGCAAGCAUUCCUCAUCAAUAGACUCGAUUGAUGCAUCACCGAAUCUGGAGCAUCACCGACGUUCCAAGUCGAUAUUGAAAAACAAGUCUGAUGUCUCACGUGUGCUGUCCGAUCCCGAGAGUGAGCGUCUGUUGGCGGACAAUAUGUCGGGCUCGGGCGUAUCCGAUAAUGGCACUGUCAUGGGCGAAUCUGGCAGCGAUUACUCACCGAAUAAAUUACCUCAUUCAGUUUUAGCUAAGUCUAUAUCCCCACCACCCCUCAGGCAUCGCACCCUUAUGCACCAACGCUCCGGUCCCGCAACGCUACAAUCAAAGCCAACCAAGUUCCAGACUCCACGAUAUCCCGAGGAGCAGGCACUGCGUCAGGUGAAACCCGUGCUCUCACGUUCCUCGCUCUCGACGCAACCGUCUACAGAUGGACGCUACGAUCCAAGUCAGACCCGGGACAGCAGUCUGGACUCCGAAACCACAUUCACUUCGCCCGCGAGGCAGACGCAGGUCCUGGAGGCAGCAACACUUAAGCCGCAGGAUAAUGCCGAGGCGGAUGCUGAAGCCGAUGGCGAGGGUGAGGGUGAGGGAGAGGCGAAUGAUGAGCAGCGCGCACUGUUGCAGCCACAAAACCGCGAUGAAGCGAGCAAAGAUGGAAAAGGAUCAUCAGGCGGAGCAGGAGGAGGCGGAGGAGGUGGAACAACAGCUUCAGGGGGUGGGGCAACGUAGCAAUUAGUGAAGACAGACAACAAGAACGCUUAGUAGUUAUUGUACUAUAUAAUUAUAAAGGUAUAAUAAUUCCAACACACAACACAACACAAAAUACAAAAAAAAAAAAGAGAGAAAAACUCAAAGUGAUAGCAAAGUUAGCGAAAAUGGAAUGUGAAUUAUAUAAAAGCAAUGAACAGUAUCCUAGUCUAAAUUGAGGUGCAGAUAGGGAAGCGUUGACGUUGAAUAUUUUUACAAUAACUGAAACCGUAUAAGCAACUGAAACAUCAACUAAAUAAAUCAGAAAAACACCCAAAAAAAAUACCAAAUAUAUAUUGCAAAUAUCGUUGCGAUGCCGCGCAUGCCGUACAAAAAUACCAAAAAACCCAAAACAAAACUACAAAUUUAAAAAAAAGAACAAAUAAAUUUUACAUGUAAAUAGAAUCCUAAGCUAAUGCUAAUCUAUUGUAAAUGCAAAAUUUAUUUACAGCUUACAGCAUAUAGACGAAAUCACCAGAAAAGCCUAAACAUUGAGUAAAUAGAACAAAUAUCAAAUAAUAUUCAUAUUUUAAAUGCAAAACUUAUAUAUACAUACAAUAAUACCUAUAUACACACAUCCAUUGCAAUUAAAAUUCGCGGCAUAUUUACAAAAAUAGGUAUCCAACAAAAUACAAAAAAAUUCUAAAAAAAAAAAAAAUUUAAUAAAAUAAAAUAAAAUGCGAAUUAUUUUUGACAAAUCUCGUAACAAAAGACAUCAUAUGCCGAGGACAUACAUAUAUGUAUGUAAUACACGGCGGAACCAUUUACAUCUAGUUAAAUUGAUCAAAAAUGCAUUAAAAAGAAAAAUACAAAAAAAUUCAAAGGUAGAUAAAAUCGUUACGCAAAAGUUCGUUUAUAUGUAUGACUAAGGGUAAGGCUUCGUGUUAGUGCUUCGUUUUCCCCUGCCUCCAACUAAACGAGUUGAAAUUCUUAGAAUUUAGAAAUAUAUUCGUACCUCAUACUCCUGUAGUUUCUCAAGUAAUCAGACUAAUUGUGUUGUAGCUCAAUUGAUAUGCUUACAGAGGAACUACAUUUGUGACGGUCUCCUUUAUAUUAGCUUUGAGCCUAUAAAUAACUAUUGUAUUAGAGGUGUGAGAUGUACGUAAUUGACUAAAGAGAUUGUUUCAGUGUAGUAGUAAAUUGUUACAACAUUAAAUGACAAAUGACAGGGUUUUUCUUUUUCGAUCUAUACUUUUCCUUCUGUUGACAUAUUGCAUAGUGAUAUUUUGUGCGCCAGUUGUAGCUUUUUAUAUGUGUGCGUCGUUCUGUGUGCUAGUUGAAAGUUAAACAAAAGAAACUUCAAAAGUUACAACUACUCGUAAGGUCGGAAACCAUAUAUCUAGGAUUAUAAUGAUGUUUUUUUAAGUCCAUGAACGAUGCUGAAAUGGUAUUUAACCUUUAUUGUUUAUGUUUUCAAUAAACUUACACAAGCAAUAUAUUUCAGCAUAUGAGUCCUUAAAUCCAAAGAAUUCUUGUUAUUUAUUUUAUGAAUUCGGUUUGGCAGAGUUUGAAAAAAAAAAAAACUACAAAAAUUUUGUCAAUUAUUCGAGUUGUAUGUUAAAAAUUAUUUGUGUGUUUUCAUGUGAAUCCCUCCUUUAUGUUGUGCCCGAAACAUUCCAUGUUGUGUGUAUGGAUAUAUUGAUAAUGGUAUUGAGAUUGAUUGAUAAAAGAGCGGAGCAAAGAAGUUGGUAAAAUAAUUGAAUUCGCUUAAUAAAUCGCAUUUGAUAUAAUAUUCUAGGCAAAUCGCAUGGCCAUAAAACGAGUUUCUAUUUAUGCAAGCAAAUUUUUACGCAAAAAAAAAAAAACCAAUAAAUUCAAGCAUUUAUUAAGAAAUUAAAAAUUAUUCCUACAGAUAUUAAGCAUCAAAAAUCACAAGCAAAAUCAGAUUAUAAUAACAGCUAUAUAAAAUAAUUAUAAAUUAACCCUCAAAGUGUCCAACAUCAUUUUUGUUAGGUUCACUUGGUUGUAAACCAUUUAAAAUGUAAUAUCUACGAGUUCUAAAAAGACCUAACAGGAAAUCUAUGUAAUUUUCAAAGGCAGGCAUAAAUAUGAGAAGAAGCGUCGAGAGCGAGUAUUGGAUAAAAAUCAAAUGCAAAUUAGCCUCUUAGAAACAUAUCAGUAAAGGAAUAAAAAUUCACUCACACACACAUAUAUACAUAUACAGACAUGCACACAGACACAUACACUGUAAAUUUACACAACACAGAAUUUUAUUAUGAGAAGCCAACAAUCUCAACGUCCGCUUUUUCAACUAAAAACCCAAAAUAAGAAUUAAAAUUUAAAAAUUAAUAAUAAUGUAAUGCCAUGGAUUCGAUUUAAAGUAAAUAUGUAUGUAAAUUACGUCAUAAGAAUUAUUCUUAAUUGCUUAUUGCAACAAAAUUUUUGUAAGCAAUUCGUUUAGAAAUUUCUACACAACUUUUGGUGGGCACUGGUCACAUUCCACGUUGCGUAUACUUAAUUUGUUAUUUGUAAUUUGUAAACUUCACGCAGGAUAAUAUAAUAACUUUGUAAAUACUUAUUUCAAACACACACACGCAAGAGCGAAUUUUCUCAUGGGAGUUUUUUAUUUAAAAAAAAAAAACAAGUUAAUAAAAUGUAAUAAGAAAUGAAUCAAGUGGCACUGCAAUUUUUAUACAAAAAUCGUUUCGUUUUGGAAUUGUUACUAUUUUUCUAAAUUAUUUUUAAACAGCUGCAGCUGUAAAUGCAUUAACAUUAAUAUUAAAUAAAAGCAGCAACAGUAACAGCAAGGAAAACGUAAAAUGUUAUUAUGUAAUAUUAAUUAUGAUAUUAAAAAUUAUUUAAUAAACAAUAUGUACAUUUUAAGGUCAUCUGACAGCGUUGACGAUUGUAAAUCAGCAAAAGUAAAUACCAUUAACAAA